AAAUCAACUUUAUUACGAAGAAAAAUCGUUCUUUCAGCAAACUAUUUUUCAUUGUUCUCAGUUCUGGCAUUAAUUAUAAAAUUAGAAAAUGGAGAAUCAGCGUCCAAAAACGAGCGGUCGCCCUCCUUCUGAACGCAAUGUGCACCAUUGGAGUCCAGAGAACGAUGACCCAAACCGUCCCUUGUCCGAAAGGCUACAAAUAGGGAGACCCCAGACACGCGUUGAGCGUCCCGUAUCCCGGAGAGGAGUCCAGAACGAGUCAUCGCGUGAGCCAAAUACCUGUCGAGCUGCGACCCCAGCUAAAAUUUCUAUGAGACCUCCAUCAGCAUCUGUGUACUCUGGUCGAGGGAGUACUGCGAGUGGACGAUUAAAUACGAUGACCUCGUCUAUGGGGAUGAGUAGGUUACACACUGGAGUUCCACCCACUGCUCAUACCAAUUCCGGGAUGAUGGAGAGACCUGUCACGCAGCACGGAAUUGCAGCAAUUAGGCCUGGGACUACUAGAGGAUUAACAAGGCAAAUUCAAGAUAAAAGAUAUUACGAGGGUCUGGUGCAAAUAAAAAUCCGUGAGCUCACUCAAGAAAUAUCCACCAUAACCCGUGAGAUUGACUCUCAAAACAAGGAGCGAGCCACCUUCCUACACUACGAUGACCGAGCCAAAAACUUAGCCAGUGAACUAACAGACUUGCAAGGACAACUGGCAGACUACAACAUCGUCAUCGACAAGGUGACCUCGAACAUGGAAAAAGAUUCAAUGGAACAAGAGUCCGCCGAUCUUCGCGCCUUGAACGAUAAGGCAACCGAAGAGAUUGAGAUACUUUUCGAACAACGACGCUCAAAAGAGCAACAAUUGAGACAAAUGGAGGAAAAAAUUGAAUUGGAAGAGCGGAAGGAGGAAAGAGUUGUCGAGGGAAUGAGUUUAGAUGUUCGUGCUAAGUACGAAAAAUUGAAAAGUUUGAGGAACGGUCUGGAGGAUGAGAUAUCUCAAAUGCAGAAGAAUAUAGAUCGCCUGUCAACCGAAAAACAAAACCUAGAAGAGCAAAUAGUGCUAUCUCAAGUGAAACAAGAAGCUGUAAAACUUCGCGUGAAGAUCGCUGAUGUUGAAGAAAAGCGACAUCGACUGCAGGAGGAGCAAAGGAACAAACUGUCUCCCGAAGAAGAACGAGAAAAAUUACUAACAAAAGUUAAACAAGAUAAUAUGGACAUCGUAGCCGCAGAGAAAAGGAUAAGCGAAGCGAAGAAACAAAUACAACAGAUUGAACAAGAGAUGGAGCAGUUGGAAAUGGACAUAGAGGAGAAUCAUUCAGAGAAACAAGUAAAGUACAAUGAAUUACGAAAGAGAGAAGAAGCUAUCGAACAGUUUAUGCCCACAUUCGAGCAAAAUAAAGCCGAAGAAACUAAUAAAAUAGCUAAAACAGAAGAGGAGAUCAUCGACAAAUUGAAGAGGUUAGCCUGUAUUAUCGACAACGAGUCUGGACAGUUUGGAAUGGACGAAAUUGCACUUCUAGAUAUUUGUUCAAACGAAGAAAAUGAGGAUCAAAGCUUCGUCGGUCUUUGCAAACAACACUUGAAGCUCCAACAAGCUGUAAAAAAAAUGGAACGAUUGGAAAAUAAAUUGAAAGCUGAAUUAGUUAAUUUGCUCGACAAAAUCAGAACAAAGGAGAAUGAACUCAUUGUUUUGGAGGAUCUAGAUGGACUUAAAACAAGAUCUCAAAUGCAAUAUGAGGAGUUAGGGACUAGAAAAGAAGAGUUGAGAGGACGACAACCGAAUUUGGAAAAAGAAUUAAACUUAGUGAUAAACGAACACCAAAAUCUAAAACGAGAAUUAGAUAAUAACGACAUUUAUAUACAAAUCAGCGCAUUAGAGGAAAAACACGAAAAAUUGAAAAAAGGCAAUGAAAAUAUGGAAUGUUUCAUUAAUGACGGUAAAAACCGGGUAAAUUAUUUACCUUUGAGAGAGAAGGCUCUUUCACUCGUCAAUAGUUACAAUGAGUUUCUGAAGGAGAACCCUAAGUCCAUGAAUUAA